AUGCCGUUUCUCCCGAUGGAUCCAGCACAGACCGCAGGAGCUGCAGCAGCAGCAGCUGCUGCUGCUGCAGCAAACAGCGGCAAUGCACUUCAGCAGAAACAUGCUGAGUACGAGCAGACGGCACUGCGUCUCAGCCUGUGCAGCGACGAGUCGCUUGUCUCAGUCCUGAAGAAGCUGCUGCCGCGCGUGAUACUGGAGCUAAUGACUUGUCCCCCAGCUUCCCUGCCGAAGGCAAGCGGCCACAGCGUAAUAUGA